GGCAAACGGACGAGGAGGGCCGCGCUCACGCUGUGCAUAACGUGAUUGCCUUGUUUCAUUAAUGUUUUAAAUGGCAAGAAAAGUUGUUUAUUGAUCGUAUUGGUCGAUAUUGUGCUCUAGCUGUUGUUCAUUUGCUUUUUUGGUUUGAGUCCAAGUGUUUGGUUUGGCGUAAACAGCAGACGACAAUGAAAUAAACUCGACCUUUUCUUCCAAACAAAAAAUAGCUAAUCGGGCACUUGUGUUGCAGACGAUUCAUUAAAUUUCAGAAAAAAGUGGGAAACCCAGUAGCUAAAAGAGAAAGAAAUGAGGCUGAGGAAUUGCUUCAGUGUGUUGGUGUUGUUUCAUUUGAAGGCCGUCCUAAUGGCGUCGUCGCUGGUGACGUUAACGUUGACACAGGAUGACGACGGGGCCGUUCCGCCAUCCGGUCGAUACUUAUUGGCUCCCAACGAACCACCGGAUGACCUAAACAACAAUCUGGUCCGUCAACAGCAUCGACUCGUUCAUCCGACUUUUGUGGCGACAGCCUCGAGCGUCGUUCGUCCCAACACGGUGUAUCGGGUGAACGUCGUCGUCUUGCCCGCAUCGCCUGAUCUCAUCUUGAAGGCGAUGAUCAUUAAGGGGCGUGGCCAUCAAAUCGCAUCCGCCACAGACGUCGCCGAUGCUGGAUCCAGUCACGAUCUCUUAUUAAAGAUUCCUGCUUCUAUUACUGAUGGCGAUUAUCGUCUUAAAUUGGAGGGUUACGAUCCGCAGCAUCCGCAAAAAGCUCUUUUCUUCAGAGAGGGUCGUCUCAACUUCCGUCCAGAUUUCCUUUCCAUCGUGGUCCAAUCGAACCGUAAAAUCUUUCGCAACGGAAUGAACGUUCGAUUUCGGGUCAUCCUAACGCAAAUGAAUUUGAAACCUUACUCGGAUCCCAUUACCGUUUUUAUACUGAAUCCGCAGGGAUUUGUUAUGCGUCGCUGGCCGUCGCGUAAUCCAACCAACGGUGUGGUGACGUUGACUUAUGAAUUACCUUCCUAUCCACCGAUGGGCAACUGGACGAUCCGCGUUGAGGCCAUGUUACAAGUGUACGAGCACAAAGUCAUCGUGGAACGUUACUACAUUCCGUUUUUCGAAGUGAUUCCCUUUGCGCCGGCCUACGUUCUCGAUUCGGACGAUACUUACACGGCCGGCGUGACCACUUCGUUUCACAGGGCUCGUGUUGCCAAUGGCAACACGACCGUCCAGGUCCACGCUCGACCUGUCAACAGCUCCAUCCGGGACUAUCGGCUCGUCAGCGAAGAACAUCCUCCGUGGUCGCACGAUUUUUCCUAUCAAGUCAGUUUGGAUAGCGUGAAGAGUGCGGUGGGUUCCAGGAGUCUGGCCGGCUGGGUGGUCCGCGUGACUACGGCAGUGCACAGUUACUUUAUGGGUGAAACGCGUCGUGGCUUUAUCGAGACUCGCAUCAUCCGCGCUCAAUUGAAAUUCCGUUUUGCCGGAAUGAAAACGGCCGUUUUCAAACCUGGAAUGCCGUUCGAAGGGCAUGUCUACGUCAUGUACGACGACAAUCAGGCCCUGUCGCCUGAGAAGCUGGCCGCGGCCAGCAUCGUCCUCAGGCCGUCCGUCACAAACACCAAUGGGCAAUUGAAGAAUUUGCCCGAGAUUGUCGUCCCGGCUACAGGUGAAUAUGUGAGCGACGGGCGUGCUAAGAAAAACAAGUUGGCCAAUGAAUUCACGCACUGGAUGGAUCGACAAGCGGAAGAUGCUGAAUUCCGCCAGUUUCGACGUACUGGCGUCUACCACUAUCGCUUUACGGUGCCGAGAGAUGCCAAAACGUUGCGAAUAACGGCGACUUACAAGGAUGGAGAAGGCGAUAAAGUCAGUGCUGAAAUGCGGGCCGUUGCUUUCUAUUCGGCCAACGACAUGUACGUCCACGUGGCGACGAGCACGGAGCAAGGCCGGCUGGGCGAAAAUGCCGUCAUUCAUUUGCGCAGCAAUUUUGGGUUGCAGGUCUACAGUUACGUCGUGGUUUCUAAGGGGCUCGUUGUUUACGGCGCGACGGAAUCCCAUCCGCAUCCGACCAAAUUGUUGACUUUCUCCGUCCCCGUUUCUUCGGAAAUGGCGCCCACUUUCAAAUUGGUGGCCAUGGUUGUGAGUCCGGCUGGCGAAUUGUUGGCCGACUCUGUAACUAUUCCCGUCCACAGUUUCAAUCGUUUCACGGUGAACGUGACGGCGGUGCAAGCGAGGGACCAUUCGAAGGAGACGGUCCAGUUGGUGACGCGGACACGUCCAGGAGCUUUUGUUGGGGUGUCGCUCCUGCGCUCCAUCAACUACAUCUUCCAGGCGGACAAUGCGCUGACGCCCAGUCGCAUCUUGAAGGCGCUUUAUAAACUGGAACCGUUCACAAAGUCGGUGCACGAAGUGACGUGGACGGAUCGUGAGGGGUUGAAAGCUGAUCGAACGGAAUAUUUCAAAGGGGCUAAUCCAGGAGCCGAUACGAAACGGACGAUGAAUCACGCCGGACUUUUGGUUUUCACCGAUGCCGUUGUCGGUCAAUACCCCGAAACCGUUCAUUGUGACAAAACCAACGGCUACGAUUCGUGCAUGGCUGUCGGAUGUUUCCACAAGGAUCAGCGAUGUGAUGGCAAAUCGGAUUGCACCGAUGGAUCCGACGAGGACGACUGUCCUUCGAUGCAAGAUGACAAGAUGGCCUUCCGCAUCUAUCGCCGUAGUCGUCAUCACGAUUUCUACGAUUGGUUGGAUGGAGACUGGGCCUGGUACGAUAUCCCGACGACAGAUGACGGUAUCGAAUUUCACGACCGGGGCAUAGCUGCGACGGAUGAAACGUGGUACAUCAACGCUUUCAGUUUUCAUCCUGAAUUGGGUUUCUCCAUGCUGGACGAAGACGUUGUGUACGACGGAUCGCCUCCGUUUUAUUUUUCGGUCGAGUCCCCCAGCGCCAUCCGGCGGGGAGAAACUCUGGGCGUCCGGUUGAUGGCCAUCAACAACCUGAACGAAGAGGUGAUGGCGCUGAUUGUUUUGGAGGCAUCCGACGAGUACAAGUUUGUCCAAACGGAUGAAGAUGGUGAAGUGGAACAUUAUCGUCCGCAACUAGUCGGUGGGGAACGUCAUCACAUGGUCGCUGUUAGGGCUCAGUCCAUGUGGGAAGUGUACAUACCUAUCGCCCCUCAGGUGGAACAAGGUGCCAUUGUUAUUAAAAUUCAAACCGUCAGUCAAAUAAGGAGGCAGACGUUCAACAUCGAACUUGAUGUUUUGCCAGAGGGGGCAACUGUAACUAGACAUACAUCGCUGCUCCUGGACUUGAAAAAUCGAGCCCACAUUCUACGAUUUUUAGAUAUCCCUGUGGAAGAGUCACCCAUCAUUCCGUACUCCAAAUUCCGACGAUACGUUUUCGGAAGUCCUAGAGCAACCCUCACUUUGUGUGGCGAUGUGUUUGGCCCAGUGUUUCCGUCCAGGCCCAUCUCGACCGACUCGUUGCUGAGCCGAUCUCUUCGUGGAACGAAGGCGAAUUUAUUCAAUUUGGCCACGACCAUGUGGAGUCUGCAUUACCUGAGGCUGACCAACCAACUCGGUUCGGAUGUCUUGUACAGCGGGUUGAACGCCAUGAACGUGCAAAUGGCCGAGUUGCUGCGUCUCUACAACUUCGAUGGAUCUUUCUCUGCGCAAAAGACAUCCGAUCCCAGUAUGUGGGUGACGGCUUGGGUGAUACGUGUGUUGGGCCAGUCGCAAUUUCAAGACUGGGAGAAUCAUUACUACGUUGAUCAACGUUUAUUGGCCAGCUCCGUCCAGUGGAUUUUGAAAAAUCAAAAACGGGACGGUACAUUCGAAGAGCCUGAAGAUUAUCCGUUUCCUCUUGAAUUACCGAGGGCGUAUGGCAAUUCGAGUAGCAAAAUUGCACUCACCGCUCACGUGCUGAUUGGUUUGAAGCAAUGCAGCGAAAGUCUAGAAGGCUCUUUGAAAGUGAAAACAGCCACAGCUAAAACUCGUUCAGUCAAUUAUUUAGAACGAGUCGUUACACAUUUGACGGAUCCUUACGAUGUCGCCAUUGUGACGUACGCGUUGACGAUAACCAACAGUCCGGCGAAAGAAGCCGCUUUUAAUGAGAUGCACAAUUUGAGACGAGAGAACGAGGGUAUGGUUUACUGGUCGAGAGAUCCUGUUCCAUCCAACCAAAUCGUCUAUGAAAAUCAAAGGCCUUUCCUCCAGCCUCGUUUGCCAAUGCAUCAAGACGCCGUGGCUGUUGAGGCCACAUCCUACGCUCUGCUCGUCUAUUUAGCUCGUGAUGGCAUCGGUGAUUUGCAGGAGAGGGUCGUCAGUUGGCUCAACACGAUGCGGAUGGUGGACGGUGGUUUCGUCUCCAUCUACGACAGCAUAGUGGCAAUGGAAGCUCUCACGGAAUACGCGUAUCGAGCGCGUUUACGUGACAUCACCGAUAUGACCAUCGUAGUGGAAGCAUCCGCCUCGAGAAUGGGGAAAACUGUGCGCAUCAACAGCGACACGCUCGCCAAAGUUCAUCGAAUGGAUAUUCCCAACGUGUGGGGCCAUGUGAACGUCAUCGGUCGUGGUGCUGGCCAGGCCGUUUUGCAACUCAAAGUGCAGUACGGUAUCGAUUGGGAGGAGCUCAACGAUACGCCGAAACGUCGCUUUUUCGAUUUGCAUGUCGAUGAAACGUACAGCCAUUUCCGCAACAAAUCUCACGUCACAAUCGAAGCUUGCGUCAGAUGGUUGGCACUGGACAUUGGGCAGACAAGUGGUCCAGCAACAUUAGAAGUCGAAACGCCAUCUGGUUACGGGUUUGUCCAGUCCGAUGCUAAUGAGAUGGUCGUUAGAAACAACUACACGUUUAUUCGCGACGUCUUUAUAGGUCGCAGCAAAAUAAUGUGGAUGUUUGAUCGGGUUGGCCAGGAGCGUCUUUGCAUAAAAUUUACUGUCCAUCGCUGGUUUCCCGUUGCCAACCUGACUUUGUAUCGUGAGGCUGUCGUCUACGAGUCCCACAAACCCGAAAAUUUUGAAAUGUUCAUUUUUAAUUCUACGCCACUCUACGUGCUGGACAUUUGCGAAGUGUGCGGCAGUUUUCAAUGCCCUUACUGUCCUUAUUACAGCGCUGCACCACCAGUCACGGCCAAAUUCGCUGCGUUCAACGUCAUCGUUUCACUCGCGGUCUCCGUUUACUUUCACCGCCUUCGGUUACCGUUACAUUUGUGAUGAUUUGCCAAAUUUAUUGCUGCCUAAUUUGCAAUUUUGUUUCUAAACGCUUGAUGAAUGUUGUUUUUAGAUUUUUAUCGAUGGAGCAUCUGAUCCUUCUUUCGUUUUGGAAUGGGGGAGAUGGGUGACUUUAAUUGUGUAAAUAUGCUAAUUUGUUUUGCAAUUUCCUUUUUUUUUAAAAUCAUCACAGAAAAUAGGAAACUGAAGAAUUGAAAUAAAAAAAUCGUAUUUCAGUAAGAAAA